AUGUCGGAGACACCACCAAAGAGCGCGAGUCCUGCCGGCAGCCGGGCCAGCCCUGGCAGCCCGAGCACGCCACGUGGAGGUCGGCUCCGGGAUAGGGUCAACUUUUUCGUGGAGUUGUUCGAGGACAAAGAGGGAAGGCGGAAUGCGGGUCAGUACAGGUCGCCCACGAAUCCUAGACCCGGUUCCAGACCAUCGUCUCGGCCAUCGUCUCGGCCAUCGUCUAGAGCUAGCGACUCGUCGUUCGAGGAGAGCUUCGAACGGUUGGUGGAGGAGGGCGAAUUGAACGGUUCGAAGGUGGUGAAGUUCGAGAAGAUCACGGUGAGGAAGAGCGUGAGAGAGAUUGGGACUGGUGGCGCGUCGACCCGUGUUUCUCUCGCCGAAUCGAGCAGGACACCUAGCGAGGAACACGCCCUCGAGGACUCGGCCUACCAGAGUCACAGCCACGGUGCACCGAAUUACGGGAGUAAGUCGAGCUCUGUCACGUCGUUCACGAGAUUUCCAUCGGAGGAGAGUUUGUCGCAUAGGAGGGGUAGUAGCCCUCACCAGCAUCUGGGGCUGGACGAUCGAACGCCGUCCGAGUGGUACGCGGAAUAUCGCACUCAGAGCUUCCACAACGUCGCCACCAGGAUCGAAUAUGUGCGCAGUAAGAGCGAAUACGAUGCACACAUCGCUGAGAUUAAAGACGAACAAGAACGCGUACAAAAGAAGACCUUUGUCAAUUGGAUCAAUUCUUAUCUCUCCAAGAGAAGUCCACCGCUUCGAGUGGAUGAUUUAAUCGAGGAUCUCAAGGAUGGCACCCGCCUACUCGCAUUGCUCGAAGUUCUAUCCGGUGAGAAGUUGCCGGUGGAAAGGGGUCGUAACUUGAAGAGACCUCAUUUUCUUAGCAACGCGAACACUGCGCUUCAAUUCUUACAAAGCAAAAAAAUCAAGCUAGUGAAUAUAAAUUCGUCCGAUUUAGUAGAUGGACGACCGCCCGUAGUGUUAGGCUUGAUAUGGACUAUCAUCUUAUACUUCCAGCUACGAUCCAAGGAUCGAAAAAAGAUCGAGGAAAAUACCAGAGCAUUGGAAUAUCUUGGACAAACGUGGGGUAGUCAGAGCAGCUUGGAAAGUCUGAGUACCCAGGGGUCGGCGACCAGUGAGAGAAAACGCAUCAGUAGCGAGAAAUGGAAGCAGGGAGCGAGAAAAACUCUGCUUCAGUGGGUCACCAAUGCUCUGCCAAAGGACAUAAAAGUACGAGACUUCGGUGAAAGCUGGCGCGAUGGCAAUGCCUUCCUGGCCAUCAUCGAUGCGAUCAAGGCGAACUUGGUGAACAUCGCCGCCAUGAGAGAAGCAACGAAUAGAACACGUCUAGCGACCGCGUUCCACGUGGCCGAAUCUGAAUUGGGUAUCGCCAAACUCCUCGAUCCCGAGGAUGUCGACGUUCCUCAGCCGGACGAGAAAUCGAUAAUGACUUAUGUUGCUCAGUUUUUGCAUAAAUAUCCGGAACCAGGAUCCGCAGCUUCCGAUUCAUUCGCGGCUGUGCAACAAGAAUACGAUAGCCUGCUCGCUUGGCUUUAUGAAAGACUCAAAUACUUGGAACAGAUGGGCAAUUCCCCCUUGGGUUAUGAUGAAUACGCCGCGGUAAAAGCGGAAGUCGAACAACAGAGGAUUGUAUAUAAUAAAUUACAACGUCUUGUCGAGACUCCUAGCAUGAUUAGCAUCACCCGAGAUUCUUGGAGACACGUGCAGAAUCUAUGGAAGACCUUGGAAAUGCUCAUGUUACGCUGGCUUUGGGUCUUAGAUUCCUACUUACCAGGCGAAUUAAGCGUUGUAGGCAGAUGGUUGUGUCGUGCAGAAGAUCUUUUAUUAUCUGACAACAAUAUCCCAGAAGAAAUGACAGAAGAAACAGCUAACAUAAUAUCGAAUAAACUCGAAGAACACAAGAAGUUUUUCCUCGACCUUCCGUCCAUGACGGAGCGAUUCCAAGCGGCGAGGAAUUCCGAGGCCGCGUUGAAAGUGCAUCCUCAACAACUGAACGAGAUGGCGGCUCGAUUGGAUAGUUUGCCGGAUCGCGCCGCCAAACGUAGAAUCCGACUCAAGUUCCUGGAGCACAAAUGUUGCCUUAUUGCUUUCUUGUUCUUAGUCGAGACGAAAUUGAAGGGAUGGAGCGUGAAAUAUGGCAUGGAAGAGAGUGUACAUCAGAUGUUGGAACAGUAUAGAAACUUCGUGUCUCGAAAUAGAAUUUUCCAGGAAUUCCAGAAAGCGUAUUUGGACAUGCAACAAAUCGUCGAGGAUUAUAAACGUGAGGGCAAUGUUGACCAAGAAGAAAGCACGAAUAUUGACCGUUUCAUGAGAGAGACCAGCGACAAGUGGAAGAGUGUAUCUAUGGAUCUUCGUUGUGUGCAAAGCAUGCUCGAGGAAGUAGUAGCCUAUUGGCGUCGAUGGAAUGUCAACUCCGACGAAUUCGUAACUUGGUUGAAUCGCGCUGAACCUGCCUUGCACCUUCCUGAAGAAGAUAAAAUGGAAUUUUUCCAAGACAUAAGCGUAUGGAAAGAUAAACACCAACAACUAUCCGACACAGUAACAUUUUUAAUCGCCACAUCUGACGAAUCAGUCGCUUUGCAACUGAAACAACGUUAUUCGAGUCUCACGUCCAGAUGGGAAUCUCUAUUCCAAGAAGCGAAGCAAUAUAUGCACGCUGGAGAUGUUAUAAGAAAUAGAAAAGAUUAUAGAGUAGGAGUAGAGACAUUGCAGAAGUGGUUGAGAAACGUCGAAACAGCUUUGUCAGCCACUGAUCUAACCACAACUGAAAAAAUUAAGGCUUACGGUGAGAAAUUACAAAUCUUCCAUAAUGAGGUAGAAGGGAUCGAAGAUUUGUUCAAAAAUAUCAGCAAGAAGUUUCAAACGCUUAUUCAAGAUUUGUCUCGUGACGAAGUGGAUAAGAUGAUGAACACUUUGAAGAAAGAGAAAGAAGCUUUAGUCAAAGUACGAGCUUUGAUACCGAUGCAAUUGCAUUUGUACCAUCAACUUCUGGUCCAGCAAGAAUCUUUAGAAGCUGGUCAGAAAGAAAUAGCUGCCUGGUUAGAUGAAGCAGAGAGAAUGUUGACCAAUGUCGAUCUUUCACGUGGUAGGGAACAUGUUUUGGCACAGUUAGAUCGCCACAAAGCUUUCUUUUCUAGAACUUUGUAUUACAAGUCUAUGCUAGAAUCUAAGAACAAAGUAUUCACCAGCAUAGUAAAGUCUGUGAACAGUCACGCUGACGUAGCUAGCGCAGAAGGUGGAAAAACAUUGAGAGAAUUGAACGAACGAUUCAACAGAGUUUCCCAAGCGGCUCAAACUUUAGAGCAGCGACUUCAGGAAGCUGUCAGAUGCUGGACCAAAUUCAAAGAAUGCGAGAGACAAGUCUGCGAAUGGUUAUCAGUCGCAGAAACCAUGAUGAAUGACAAACAUACCGAUAAUAGACGAUCCAUAGAAUACCACAAGAAUUUUUUCAGCAAUGUUAACGAGAAAUGGAUUCAAGAUUUUGUGAACGCUGGACAGGAUUUGAAAAGUAUUUUGCCUAUCGAGCAGCAAGCUCCUAUUUCAGAAGCUGUAGAAUCGCUUCAGAAACGUUGGAAGGAGGUAUUAACCUUCGCUCCUCUUCAUUUGAUGAGACUUGAGUUCCGUCUGGAUGAAGCUACGUUUUUACAAUAUCUGAAAGAGAUUGAAGUAGAAGUGAAUUCAGAACAGCAGGCUCUAAUGAAGAACGACAAUGUGGAGAGCAUACUGCAAAGAAAUAAAGAAUUUUUUGUGAAUCGUGGCACUGUACUCGAAGUGGAGAAAUGCUUGCAGACUCUGAAGAAAAUCAGUGAUGCAUAUAGUCAGUUGAAACCUAACGACACCAGUUUAGCUGAGGCUGCACAACAUGCUGAAAAUCUGUGGGAGGAUUCUGCUCAGAGAGUGGAACGUUUGAGGGAACAAUUGAAACAAGUGCCUGAGCAAUGGGCUGCUUAUAAGAAGAAAUUCGAUGAAAUGGUACGAUGGAUGGACCACGUGGACAGUAAUUUGAGAACCAUAUUACAUGAAGUGAAUACUUUAGAGGAAUUCGAGACAGAAAAAACGAUAUUUCAGAAAAUAUGCAGAGAAGCAGACAGCAAACGCGAAGAAAUGAAGUGGUUGGUCCAAACUCUCGACAGCCUGACUUCCAAUCGUUCUGAUCACGAAGCUCUUUCAGAGCAGAAUCGUUUAGAACAGCUAAUCACUCGUUACAAGAAUCUAAUACCAACAAUAGAGAUUACCAUGACGAAAACUGAUAUCUAUUCAAAGAGUUAUACUUAUAGAAAAGAAGUUCGUGAGGUGUGCACUCUUUUGCACAAAGUCAAAGAUCAAUCUAAGAUAGAUGUAGUAGCAGAAAGUCCAGAAACUUUGAAGACUGCGGUCACCCAUCAAGAGAGCCGUCUUAGUCAACUAGAACAACAAAGAUCAAAUAUCGUGAGCAUGCUACAACGUGGUAAGGAUCUUUUGAAAGAUCAACACGCUCCUCCAUUCGUGUCUUUGGAGGUACAACAACUAGAAUCUAGCUGGAAUGAUACGUAUGGACAAAGUGUAGAGACCUUGAAAUCUCUGAAAAGUUCGCAAAAGUUAUGGAACACUUAUCUGCAGCAGAAAGAGGAGAUUUUGAAAUUGAUCGAACAAGCUGAAGAAGAAUUAAGAAAAAUCGAAUCGACUAUCUAUUACGAUGCUUCACAAGUAUCAUCCGAUCUCCAGAAUAAACAAGAUUUCAGUUCCACUUUGAGAAAAUCUGCUGAGGAAUUGUUGAAAAAGUUGCAAGAGACGUAUAGCCAUUUGACAGAAGUUGCAGCACCGGAAAAGAAAGAAGUAUUAAAGAAAGAGAUCAUUCAUACUGAGAAAAGAAUGGAAACCACUCUAAAGACUGUCCAAGAGAAAGUGGUUUAUCUGCAGGAACACAGUACCAGAUGGAAUAAGUUCCAAACAAGAUUGAACGAAUUACAAUUGUGGACUCAACAGAGUGCUCCGCAAUCAAUUGCAGAUACUGAGAAUUUGGCAACAACUCCUGAAGAGAUGGUCUACAGAACUGAGAGUUUGCAGAAGGAAAUUAUAGAGAGAACCAGAACAUUGAGAUUCCUUGAAGAGGAAUCUCAGAAACUCGUAAAAGGUGGUGUUGAUAGUCUUCCAGCUAAGCAAUUACGCAGUGAUAUCAUAACCCUCGAAAGAAGCAUCGAAACCCUUCAAAAGAGCAUCGUAGCUCAACGUCAAACAGCUGAACAAAAUUUACAAACCUGGAAAGAGUAUGAGAAAGGUAUUCAAGAAUUAAAACCUUGGAUCGAAGAAGCAGAAUCAAAAGCAGCUACUAUAGGCAGCAAACCAACCACUCUCGCUCAGGCAGCUCAUAUGUUGGAAACAGCCAGAGCAUUUGAAACACGAUGUCAACAACAUUUUCCUCAGAUCCAAGAUCUAUCUUUGAUCAGUCAACAAAUAACAGGAAAAACAUCAGCUUCCGAUGAAGUGGAUGCUGUUCACACUCGUUGGAACGCUGUGCACGACAUAGCAGUUCAAACGACCACAAAGUUGGACAAGUUGGUUACUUCAUGGAACAGCUUCGAAUCUGAGAUAAAAGAAUUCAAUGAGUGGUUGGAAAGAUCAGAAAGAACGGUGCUCGUGGAACCAAACGCCGAGACACCCGAAAUAUCAGUGCUAGAAAAGGAACUGACACGAUUGAAGGACUUUAAUAAGACUAUAUCUGAUCAUCAAGCGCAAUUGAUAUCGCUGACCCAAGUUUCUGAUCACAUCAGCCACGGAUUAUCCUUGGAAGGAGCGACUAAUUUGAAGGCUCGAGUCUCGGACAUUAAAACCAGAGUCAGCAAGCUGGCCGACACAGUCAGAUUGCAGAUCAAUCGUGUGUCCGACUCGUUGUUAGCUCGCCAAGAAUUUCAAAUGAAAAUCACCGAUUUCGAGAACUGGAUGUCGCGAUUGAGAUCCAAUAUCGCUGAGAUCAGCGAUGCCACUGUCGAUACAGUUGAUACAAAUCUUCAAGCUGUGCACGCGUAUAUCCAAGAACAUUCUGAGAAGCAGCCAAGCUUGGAAGCUAUCUGCCAAGAAGUGAAAGACAUAUGUCCCAAAGGAUCUAUGCAGGCGACGGUUGCCUUGGUCGAUACUUAUACCAAUUUGGAGAAGAAGUACAAGGCUCUGGGAGAUGAUUUGCAACAGAAAAAAAAAGAAUUGGAGAAAUGGAUAGAGCUAUUGAGUUGGUUGAAUGAUGCCAACGCUCAAUUGAGCCAUUGUAAAUACGAAGCUGAAGCUAGAAAACCUACCAUCGCUGAUUUGGAGAGAUUUUCGUCCGAAUUACGGAUUAUUUAUGAUAAGAUUGAAACGUGGAAACAACAUGUUUUGCCUGACAGCGCUAUUGGAAUACAAAUUAGAGACAAACAGGGAAAACCUCUUUCCGCGUCAGGUUUAUUAAUCGACUUGGAAAACAAGGCGUUGUCUCUGCAAAAUGAGAUAUCAGCGAAACGCGAUAGGCUGGAAAAUCUUGGUGCCAGAUGGAACAAUUUCAGAACAUUGCAGCAAACGAUCACUGAGAAGAUAUUGAAUACGCAAACUGCUCUUCAAGAGACGGUUUACAACGUUGACUCAUGCAAACAAUUAGCUCCUGCUGUGGAAAAGAUCGAUCAAUUAAUCGAAGAGCAUCAAAAGAGGGAACAGGAGAAAGAGAUUCUUCACUUUGAAGGUAGUUCCUUGAUGAAAGAGGAUCAAAGAUCGACGACCAAUAUUCAAGUAGUUCUAUCUUCUGUCGAUGCUAAUUGGGAGAAGGUGAACGAACUUCUUCGAGAACAGAGGAAGAAAUAUGCUGAUAUGAAUACAGAUUGGAAAGAUUACGAGGAAGCCAGACAAAAAGUGGAGAAAUCUAUCAAAGAUGCAAUUAAUUUAUGUCAAUCGGUAAAAGGAAUAUCUUAUGAUAUCACUCAAGCAAAUAUUACUUUGGAGAAGCACAAGAAAGCUUUGGAUGCGCUGAAGAAAGGCAGACAUUUCUUGGACAAAAUGGAUUCUAAGGCACAGCAAUUGACGAAAGAAGCAUCUCUCAUGCCUAGAUUCAAUUCUGAAUUAAUCGAAAACGAUUUGACAGAAAUUCGACAACGAUACCAAGAUACUUACAACGAUAUCAAUGAGAAAUUGCAAGCCUAUGAGACUCAGGUGAUCAUUUGGAAACAGAUAGAAGAAUCAAAGUCUGAACUUAUCAAGUGGCUCACUAAUACAAACGAAGCGUUGACCACUGCGUUCGAACGUUUAAUGGAUGCUGAAAACUGCCAAAUAAGAUUGAUAAGAUACAGAGAGGAGCUGCCUGGUUAUCAGCAAGUGUAUCAAAACAUCGUGAUGAAAAUAGAACAACUCGUAAAAUUGAAUAACAAUUCUGACAUCCCCACUCUGAAUUCCUUGCAUCAGUUAUUAGACGAUCAAUUCAAAGUGGUUAAAACUUCAGCGGAAAAAUUAGAGUCUUUAACAUCUACUUUGAACGAGAGAGAAAGGACAAUUAGACAGGAGAUGAAACGAUGUGGUGACUUGAUCUCGAAGAUCAGAGAAGAUAUAAUCAAGUGUGACGAUUUAACUGGUGAAAAUACUAAGAUUCUUGGUCGUAUCAAUAAAUGUCAGGAGCUGAAAACAGAAUUAGAACAAUGUGACUAUACUUUGUCCAAAGUUGAAGAAACAUUGACGAAGAUUUCUACAGAAUAUCCUAGUAUCUCCAGAUCGAGUUUACCUAAGGAAUUGCAAGCGCUGCAGCUUCGAAGAGAUGGUGUGGCCAAUCAUGCUAACAAAGUGAUAGCAACACUGGUAGCAUUCUUGACUAAAUUAUAUCACGAGAAAUUCGGAGCUCUUCAACGUAUGGUUGUGACGCUCAAAGAAAAAGUAGCUUGGUGUGAACCUGAACAGAGCAGUGAUCGUUACAACUUGGAGGUGAAAAUGGCUUCAUUGAUGGACGUAGAAGUUGGAAUUGCCGAUUGCAUAGCUAGAAAAGAGGAUACUGACAACUCUUUAAAACUUCUAGCGUCAGUAGAAAGUGCCGAAACUAUGGCCGCCUUAAAAUCAGAUCGUGACAAAGUUGAAGUCGAUUUGGAAUCAUUGAAGAGCAGUUACAAUAAAAUCAAGAGCGAUCUCGAACGAAACAUAGCUCUAUGGCAACGUUACGAACUCACUUCCGAGAACGUACUGUCCUGGCUGAAAGAAAACGAGAAUAAAAUCAGAGCAGAGGCUUCCGCAUUGCUCAAUUUGGACGACAUCGAGCAAAAAAUUGCAGAGAUGACCGAAAUGCAGAAAAGUGUGAUGGAAUAUCAAAGUGAACUGAAAGAUUUGACUGUUUUGGCCGAAGAUAUCACCAGAGUUAGCUCCGAAUCAAGAGUAAAUCAAUACAUCAGUCAUUUAAACACGCGUUAUGAUUACGUGUUAAAGUUUUUAGCCCAACAUUUAGACAGACUUCGAGAAUUGAAGGAGAAUAGAGAUCAAUAUGUGGCUAACAAGAAGAAGCUCGAAGCUUGGAUUGAGAACGCGGAGAAAACAUUGAAAGCUUAUGAUGAAAUCACUGGUCCAAAACCUAUAACUUUCUACCAAUCACGUUUGAAAGAAUUGAAAGCAUUUGCCGAGGAACGAGAAGUUGGACAAGCUAUAUUGAAUAAAACAGCGGAAGCUGGUGAAGCUUUAUUCGCUAGAAUUACACCAGAUCAGAGAGAAAUAAUUAGGACGGAAUUGAGGAACUUCCGUAAUCGCGUGGAUGCAAUGGCAGAUCGUUCCAAUGUGAUUUAUAAAAAAAUAGAGAGCGAUAUGAUGCAUAGAUCUUCGUUCGAAGACAAGUUCUCUCAAGUGAAACAGUGGCUAGCAGAUGCGCAGAAUAAAUUAGGAGAAAAGCAAGAUUUACUGCCAACGUUACAAGAGAAGAAGCUAGCUCUUCAUUUGUACAGGGCCGUGGCACAGGAUGUUACUGUUCACAAGAAUAUUCUUCAACAACUUCAAGAUAGAUUAAGUACAGCACCAGACGAUGAUGCAAGCGAAAUGUUAGGCAACGUGAUCGAGGCUUAUGAGAAAUUGUCAAACGAAGUCGAAGGGCGAAUUAAUAUAACGGAAAAACAUGUUUCGAACCAUGAGGCUUAUCUUCAAACAUUUGAAAAGACUCGAGAUUGGAUCAACACGGUGAUCAACGAAGGAACGCCAAUAGUCGAGGAUUUUUCAGUGGAACGAGAAACAGCGCAGAGUAAAAUCACCACCAUCGAGAAUCUUUUGCAACAGAAAGCAGAAGGGGACCGAAUCUUAGCUGAUUGUAACCAGCAAUUGAAUAUUGUCUUGGAACAAACUUCUAUGCCAGGUCAUCCAAUCUUGUUGUCCAAUUUUGAACAACAAAAGAAAAUGUGGGAAGAUUUCUUGAAGCGAUGCGUGGCAGCUAGAGACAAGUUGAAAUAUAUGUUCAAUCAAUGGUCCGAGUUUGAGAAAAUCGUAGAAGGUUUGGAGGCCUGGAUUAAGCAAAUGGAAACCCAACUGAAGGAUCAAAGUUUGAAGAGUACGGAAGAAGCAAAAAGAGCUCAUUUGCAGAAGCUGAAGUUCUUGGAAGAAAGUAUCAUCGCAAAAGGAGCUGAAUUUAAUGCCGCCAUUGAAAAGAGCCAGAGCAUCGAAGCUGAAGCAGACCUAGUCACAAGAGUCUCGAGACAAACCACUAAGUAUCAGGCUAUCAAGAAUCAAAUAAAGGAAGCUGUGAUGCGAUACGAACAAUUUGUGAAAGAGCAUAAUACUUUCAACAUGAAAUAUAACCAAUUAUUGCAAUGGAUCACGGAUAUUAAAUCGGAAUUGAAGAAACACAGUGAGAUCGUGGGCGAUCUAUCCGUAUUGCAGAGUAGACAGAAACUCAUUCGAGACUUGGGCGACACUAGGACGAAGGAGAAUGCUAGAUUCGAAUCUGUUAUAGAUCUUGGAGAAAAAUUAUACGUUCAUACGUCGCCUGACGGUAGAGAAAUCAUCAGACAACAAUUAAGAAAUUUGAGAACCUUGUGGGAUGGAUUCACCGAAGAUCUACAGAAUACUAUGCAAAAAUUAGACCAAUGUUUGAUGCAAUUCGCCGAAUUCUCUUUAUCUCAUGAGCAAUUGACAGCUUGGCUUCGAGACGUUGAACGCGCGAUGCAUCAACACACUGAAUUGAAAUGUACUUUGGAAGAAAAACGAGCACAGUUGCAAAAUCACAAGAUUAUGCACCAAGAAAUCAUGUCUCAUCAAUCUUUGGUAGAGUCUGUUUGCGAUAAGGCGCAACAGUUGGUAGAUCAGACCAAGGAUACUUCUUUGAAUGUCUUUCUACCAUCUAUCAAGCAAUUGUUCCACAACAUCGUGGCAAAAUCGAAGGAUUUGUUAGAAAAUCUGGAUGAUUGCGUGGAGAAGCAUCAUAAGUUUAAUUUGCAAGUGAAGAGCUUUUCUGAUUGGUUGAACGGCGAAAAGGAUAAGCUUGCUGAGUGCAACGAUAUGACUGGAGAAAGAACGGAUAUUUGCAGAAGACUUGCCACUUUGGUUACAUUGAAGGAUGAUCAGAUGCAGGGUGCUGAGCAGCUUGGAAAAUUAAAGGAACUUAGCGACACGGUUAUUAAGAGAACCGCGCCAAAAGGAUGGGAUGCUAUUAAUAAGGAGAUCAUUAUUUUGGAAGGCAAUCUUCGUCAAUAUCUAAGUGAAAUAGAAUCAGUGGAAGAUAAGCAAAAAACAGCCUUGCAGAAAUGGCAAGACUUCGAAGAUAAAUUGGAAACGCACACAAAAUGGUUCUCAACGAUGGAAGCUGCAUUCAGGGACCAACAGUUGCAGCCUACUUUGCAAGACAAGGAAGCUCGUUUACAAGCAUUGAAAGAGAAACGUGAUGCCAUAUUAAAGGAAGAAUUGAAGAUAGAUGAAUUCAUUGAUAAGUCUCAUAGUUUGCUUCAUGCAAGUGGAGUUGAGCGUAUCAAGCCUUUGAUCUCCCAAAUAAGCAAUAGAUACCAGUUGUUGCACGUGCUCAGUAAAGAAGUAGUGACUAGAUGUCAGAGUGUUGUGGAUGAUCAUAGGACGUAUGAAGAGAAACUAAAAGUCGUAGAUGCCUGGUUAACUCAAUUAGAACAGAGUUUAGCUAGUUUGAAGAAAGAUGAGACAAGUGGAAAUCUAGAAGAGAAAGUAUCUCGUCUGCAGAUAUUGUUGGCUGAAAAGGAACAAGGUGAACACAGAUUGGGAAGUUUGAUAUCGUUUGGAGAGAGGAUUCUUGCUGAUACAUCGGCUCAAGGAAGAGAAAUUAUUCGCCAUGAAUUGAGACAAGCUCGAGAACGAUGGGAUAAACUUGUGGAAGGUAUAGCCGAACAACAGAAGAAGCAAGAUGCUCAAUCUUUGCAAUGGACCAAUUAUCAAGAGACUUUGCAACAAAUUUUGGCCUGGUUGGAUACUAUGGAGAGAUCGGUGAAACAGGAUUCGACGAUCACUUGGUCUUCUCUUCAAGAAAUUAAAUCCAAAUUGCUAAAAAGCAAGGGAAUGCAUCAAGAAAUUUUAGCUUAUAAACGUAUCAUUGAAGGAAUAUCAGAAAAAGCAAAUGCACUAUCGUAUACAUCUCAAGCGCCAUCAGACGCUCAACAAAAAGCUGCCUCGGUUUCUGGAAGAUACGAGGAUCUAGUCGAAAUGUCACAGAAAAAUAUAUCCAAUUUGGAAACUCUUUUAGAUACUUUCCAGCAAUUCUAUGAUCUACAAAAAUCUUAUCAAGAUUAUCAAAAGCAACAAUGGGAGCAAUUAGCUAACUACAGUGAUUAUACUGGCAACAAAGCUGCUUUGCAAAUUCAGUUGACCAAGAUCAUGGAGCUUCAAGAUGGCCAAAGAGAAGGAGAAUUGAAAUUAGACAUUCUCAGUGAACACGUGUCUCAAAGUGCUCAUAAUUUAUCACCCAGAUCAUUAGAAUCUAUGGAAAGAGACUUGACUACGCUAAGAUUCGAGCACAAAAAAUUCGCCACAGCUGUAAACGAUAUUAUUCGAUGCAUCGAGGAGAGAAUCCAACAAUGGAGCGAAUAUGAGAACUCUUUAGAACGUUUAUUAGCUUGGUUGGCGGAUGCAGAAUCGUCUUUAAAGAAUUAUUCUCUGAAGAAUACUCUCGAUGAGAAACAAGAGCAACUUGAAAAAUAUCAGGCACUACAAAAAACCGCCUUGUCGUGGGACACGGAAGUGACAGAACUGGUGGCCCUAGGAGACCACCUGGACCAAAUGUUAAUCGUGAAUCUACGGCAAAACGAGGCAGAAUUCGAUAAGAUGAGCGACGAAUCUUCCGAGCUGAUGCAGAUUAGCGGUGAAACAAGAUUUUCUGCUAGUGUCCAACAAAUCACCUCUCGAUUCCAAUCUAUUCAAGCGACUGCUAAAGAAUUAGUUAAAAAAUGUGAACAAGCAGUGGCGGACCACGCAGCUUAUCUUGAACGUUACAAACAAUGUUCCGAAUGGCUGGCAAACACACGAACUACUUAUCAAUCAAUCAAGGAUGACUUCAGCGGUAGUCGCCAAGAAUUAACUUCGAACGUGACAACCCUAAAAGAUCUUUUAGCCCGACAAUCUUCUGCAACUGUUUUGAUCAAUAAUACCGUCGAAGCUGGAGAACGUUUAUAUCCUACUACAGGCAUGGAAGGCAGAGAAAUCGUCCGCCAACAAUUAUUAGAUCUCCAACGAGCUUUCGAGGAGCUUUACGACAGCAUUGCUUCUACUGAACGAGAGUUGCAAUCGAAAAUAUCUCGUUGGUCCGGUUUCGACGAGUGCAACGAAUCAUUCGACAAAUGGCUGAGAACAGUCGAAACUCAAUUGAAACCAGAAAUUGAGUUGAAAACCACGUUGGACGAGAAACGAGCUCAAUUACAAAUUUAUCGUUCCUUUUUGCAUGAUAUUCAAUCCCAUCAACAAGAUCUACUCGAUCUUCGAGACAAGGCUGAUAAUUUGCCGGAUUCCACUGACAAAGUACAUCUGACGUUAAAGAAAUUGAACGAUAGACAUGCAACUGUGUUGAAACGUGCAGCUGCUUUCGUCGAAAAGUACGAAGGCAUCGUUAGCGAUCAUCAACAGUACAGCAAGGCUGUUCUAGAUACCCAUGAGUGGAUAGAUGCGACCCACAAUGCGGUUAUUCUUUGGGGUGACACGGAACUUGAACGUGUAUCUCUUCACACUAAUCUGGAUAGAUUGAGGAACUUAUUGCAGGGUUUACCAGAGGAUAAACCAAGAGUGCAACAAAUAAGAACACUAGGCGAGAAAGUGAUUCCAGGCACAUUAGAGUCUGGACAGAUUAACAUUCGAUCCCAAAUCGAUUCCUCGCAGCAAGAAUGGGAAAGUCUGGUCACUGCGGUGAAGUCUACUAUAGAAACAUUGGAGAAUAAGCUUCAACAAUGGAACGAGUUCGAAACGUCGAAGGAACGUUGUUUGGCUUGGAUGAGAGAAACUGACACCAAGCUUCAUGCAGUGGACUUGAAGGCUACCUUGCAGGAGAAGAAAGAUCAAUUGGAACUUUUGAGAACUCUUCAGGGACAGGUGCGUGCGAAAGAAUUGGAGAUAGACGCUGUUACCGAAAAGGCUCAACAGCUUCACAAAAAUAUUACAUCUCGUACCACUCAUAUGUCAGAAUUAAGCAUCAAGUAUCAACAAAUAUCGAACAAAGUGAAAGACUUGAACAGUCGUUGGCAUCAAUAUGUGACCACUCAUCAGGAAUUCGAUAAUCAAGUGGCAGAAUGUACUAGAUGGUUAGAUGACAUUAGGAAGAAGCUAGCCUAUUGCUCUGACUUAGGUGCAUCUUCUCAAAAAGAUUUGGAGAACAAGAUGGAGAUAGUGCAAGACUUAUUAUUGUACAAGGAAGAUGGAUUCGCCAAGGUACAAGGCAUUGUGGAAUUAGCUCAGGCAGUCUUGGCAAACACAGCUCCAACUGGACACAAAGCUAUCAACGAUGCUGUUGGAAAGCUGCAAGAACAAUGGAGUGCUCUAGCCUCGAAGAUGUUGGAGACCAAAACUAAUUUGGAUGACUCUAUCAAUAAAUGGGCUGGUCUUCUAGAACAGAUACAAUCGAUGAACAAGACGGUAGACUACAUGCAAUCUGCUUUGAAUGAGUUCAUGCCUUUCCAAACUACCAUGUCUGAAAAGAGAUGUCAACUGGAACGUAUCAAGGCUUUAGAGGAAAAAGUUCGAUGUGAAAACAUUGAAGUUGAUAGUCUAAAGAUCAAGGUUGCUGAAAUGAUCGCCAGCGGACCUCAAGGGUUAGCUGCAUCACAGGCACAGAGCAUUUUGAAUAGAUUCGAUACGUUGUUUGAAAAAAUCAAGUCUUUGCUGACCGAACGUGAAGAACAAUACAAGGAUCAUAGAUUAUACAAGGAGGCGCACGAUGAUAUUAUUAAUUGGUUGAGUCGAGCUCGUGAGAAGAUUCCAUCUAUGAAGCAAAGACCUUUAAGCGAUAAAUUGGCUAUCGAAAAUGCUGUGGCUCCACUGGAGAGUUUGUUAAACAAGAAGGCUCAAGGAGAAUUGUUGGUGGAACAUCUUCAGCAUACUGGGAAGGUUGUAUGUGCGAGCACGAGUCCUCAAGGUCAAGAAAUUAUAAAGAAUGAGGUGAAAGCUUUGACUCAGAGUUUCGAGGAACUUUUCAGAGAAAUCAAGCAACAAAAGGAUCAAUUAGAACAAACGGUGAGCCAAUGGCGCGAUUACAAGGAUGAAUAUGAAAGAUUAAGUGAUUGGUUGCAGCAAUUUGAUAUUCUCAUAAAGGCGCAAAAGAAUUCUCUAUUACCAAAUGUAGCUGAAAAGGAAAAACAAGUGCAAGAAGUGAAAGAAAUAUUGGAGAAUUUGCUGAAAGGACAGGAACAAAUCGACAAAUUCAAUAAGACAGCAUCUAGUCUACUUUCGUCUCAUUUGGAUACCUACAUAAAUAACCAGCUUCGACACUUAAACUCGCGUUAUCAGGUUCAAGUGAAUCUUGCCAAGGAUGUCCUCAACAAAGUCGAAACCAAUCUAGCUCAGCACAAAGAAUACGAAGCUAAUUUGGAAAAGACACGUGCCUGGAUCGAGAAUGCGAAACAGAUUAUUCGAAAGGGGACAGAAGCAGCAUCGACUAGCAGCAGAGAAGAAUUGCAGAACAGGUUAGACAAUAUCCAAGAGUUGUUGAGGAAACGAGAAGAGGGUCAGAACUUGGUCCAUCUGACGGUGAAUUGUGGCGAGAAAGUGAUGAGAAACACUCGAUCGGAUGGGCGAGAAGAGAUCAAUGCUCAAUUGAAAGAGAUCCAAAAUGAUUGGGAGAGAUUAGUGAAGAAAAUCUCGACGACGAAAGUGCGUUUGGAAACGAGUCUUCUUCAAUGGGCUGAUUACAGCUCGUCUUAUCUUCAGUUGCAACAAUGGAUCAACGAUAGAGAAGCUAAAUUGCAACAAGUCUGCGAACAGAAAGUAUCUAAGGCUAGAAAAGGUCUGGCUGGAUUGAGUUCCUUGGCUAUUGGAGAAAGGAAGGCGAAUCUCAGGCAAACGAACAGCAUCGUUCAAGAUAUAGUAGCGUUCGAACCGAUGAUUCAAUCGGUUACGACGAAGGCCGAGGAUCUUCGACAAGCUACACCAGCCACGGAAAUUUCCAUCAAAUAUGAAACAUUGAGUAAACAAGCUCAGGAAUUAUAUGCCAAACAAAAGGAGACUGUAGAGCAACAUCAAGCGUUUAUAGAUAGUGGAAAUGAAUUUAUACAAUGGAUAAGAGCUGCCAAGGAGAGGCUUGGUAAAUGUUCCGAGCCUACUGGAGAUAAGGAAUCGUUGGCGAACAAGAUCACUCAAUUGAAGGUACUGCAAAGCGAGCUGCCAGAGGGUCAGAAGAAAUUGCAACACGCCUUGGAACAAGGAAAUGCAGCAUGCCAGAUUGCGGAUGAGGAGGACAAAGAGAUUAUUGAAGAGGAAGUGGCGUUGUUGCAAGAAGAGUACGAUAGUUAUGUGGACUCCCUGAAUAACACUAAGAGUUUGUUGGAAGUAGGAAUAGUGAAAUGGACGGAAUACGAGGAUCAAUUCUCGGAAGCUACCGAAUGGCUCACGCAGACGGAACAGUUGGUGCAGUCGUUUAACAAACUUCAGGAUAGUUUGGAAGAGAAGAAGAAUGUUCUCGAACAGUUCCAGAUUCACUUACAGACUUUGUUCGACUGGCAGAAGGAAUUAGAUCGAUUGAAUAUGAAGGCUCAGAUGUUGCUGGAAACUUGUGCGGAUACUAGAAUUUCGAACGCUAUUACUCAAUUGACAACCAAGUAUAAUGCUCUUUUAUCUUUAGCCAAAGAAAUAAUGAGACGUCUUGAGUUACAUUAUCAGGAACAUCAACAACAUAAUACGUUGUAUCAAGAGUGUCAAGAUUGGAUAGAACGAACACGUGACAAAUUGAGCGAGUGUAAGGAACUUCCAAGCACUUUAACCGAGGUGAACAAUAAAUUACACACUUGCAAAGCCAUCAGACAAACACUGGAACAAGGCCAGAAUAAAUUGCGUUAUGCUCUCGAACUGAAAGAAAAAGUGAUUAUGAACACGGAACAGAAUGGCGCCGCAAAGAUUCAAGAGGAUACAGAGAAUCUGAAGAUGGAAUUUGAGAGAUUAUUGGUGAACGUAGAAGACAUAAGACAAAAGCUUUCCGCUAGAGCAAGCACAUUGGAGGAAUUGAACAAAAUUCACCGAUUGACUACAGACUGGAUCGAAGAGAUCGAAGGUAAAAUUCAACCGGGAGAAAUGUACAAGAAUGAUCUGAGCGAAAAACGAGCAGUAUUGGAAAAGUAUAAGACAGUUCAGAGAGAUAUUCAAGGUCAUGGUGAAACUGUAGAUCGGUUGAAAGCUCGUUUGGCUGAAGAUUCCAGUAUACCUAUUGGUCCUUAUCAAUCUACUAUUGCCAAGUACGAUGAAUUGACCAAAUUGAUUGCUGAAAAGAUUAAGAAUUUGGAAGAGCAAGUGAACGAUCAUGAAAAGUUUCAACAAGCUCACAACGAAGCAGCGGAUUGGGUUCGCCAUACAAAGCUGGAACUUCAACAAAAUUGUGAUACUCAUGGGGAAAAGGAACGAAUCAUCGAACGAGAGAACAAAGUGAAUCAGAUCAUAGCUUCCCUUCCCAAAGGAGAGAGUUUGAUCUCGAAGGCGAUCCAACUCAGCGAUGGUGUGAUCGCUAGUACAGGUCCAGAAGGUCAGGAAACUAUCAAACAGGACAUGAAACAACUGCAAGCAAACUGGAAAUCUCUGCAAUCUCAGUGUCACGAGUCUCAGAAGACUUUGUCCAACUGUAUCGCCAGCUGGUCUCAAUUUACAACUGCUUUAGACAGCAUGAAGAGAUGGAUAGAUCAUUUCCAGAAGAAAGUGAACGACGAACAAUCGAAAGAGAAUAAAACUCCGGAGGAUUUGGUUCGGUGUAAAAGCCUCGUGGAGGAAGCUAUCCAACAGAAACCAGUUUUAGAAGAUCUGAACGACAAAUGCGAGGCCUUGCUGGAAUUGAGCGCUUGCAGCUGGGCUCGUGACAAGACUAUACAAUUGCAAUCUGCUUACACGUCUCUGUUGACCGAUAUGCAAGGUCUUGUUUCUCGGGUGGAGAAGAAUCUAUCCGACCAUACCGAGUUCUUGAAGGCGAAGAAGGAAAUGGAAGAUUGGUUGCGCAUUGCUCGAGGCUCGGUACAAGAUUGUAUGGGCGUUGGAGAUGCUGAAUGGGCUAAGGAUAAGUUGGAAACUAUCAAGAUCGUAGCAACAAGAAUUACCGAAGGUCAACAUUUAUUGUCAACAUUGCAAACCGCCUUCACAAAAGCCAUAGACACAGCUGUACCAGAGCAACAGGAUCAGCUAAGAUCAGACAUGGCAGGACUUCUUUCCAGCUGGGAACAGCUCAGUAUCGAUUUGAAUACCGUUCAAGCUCAACUUAAAUCCCUGUUGCAUCGCUGGGACGAUCAUUCAGAAGCUCAUGGAAAAUUGAAACGAUGGUUAGAAGAAAUGGAGAAUAGUAUGCAAGACCUUCCGGACACGAAAGGAGAAUUCGGCGAUAUGAAGACCAUGCUUGAACGUUAUAAGCAUAUUCAGGAGGAAGUACGCGGUAAAAAGACCGAGUUGGAUCAUUUAAUGGAUGAAGCUAGCGAAUUGUCGAAAUUGGCGAAGAAAAACACGCCUCUGGAGCGAACGAAGGAAUUGUUGAAACGAUGGGAGAAUUUGAGUGAAAACGUGGAUGAGAGGAAGAGGUUGAUCGAGAACGAGAUGCAGGAAUACAACGCGUAUCAUGCAGCCUUGCAAGAGACGGAGAAAUGGCUGUUGCAAAUAUCUUUCCAAUUAAUGGCUCAUAAUUCUCUCUACAUUACGAACAAGGAGCAAACGGUGUCGCAAAUUCAGCAGCAUGAAAACCUGCUCGUGGAAAUCGAGAAUUACACGAGUGUCCUGAACGAUUUAAAGUUGAAAGGAAAUGGACAGAUCACUCGAUACGUCGCGGUCAAUUCCGAAAUUAAAACGAUCAUUGAAACGCAAUUGCAAAAUGUUCAAGAGAGUUACAACUCUUUGUUGAAUACAGCACUGCAAAUAAAGAAACGAUUGGCGGAGUCAUUGAUCAAAUUCCAGGAGUACGAAAACACUCUGGAAAGUAUUAUGAAGAAUUUGGACGCAUACGAACCGGAAAUCGCUCAAGAAAUGGAAGCGCCGAUGGAUACUCUCGACGCAGCGAAACAGAGAUUCGAAAAUGCUCGCAUGUUGCACAAUAAAUUGCAAGGGGAGAAGACAAGGCUUGCUUUGGCUGUCGAGGCUUGCGAAGCUGCAGUAGCAUGUGUCUCCAGACCUGGAAGUCCUCUGGAUGCGCCACCUGUGCAGAUUCCGGCUAGGGAAGUCGAAGUGAGAAACAAAUUGGAAGAAUUGAUCGAUCAGGCGCAAGGACACUUGAUGAACGUAACCAAGGCUCUAAACGAGUUGGAAGAGCAAACACGACAAAAGAACGUUCUUCGUGCAUGGAUAAACCAGCAAAGGGCUCUGUGCGCCGAAUGGAAGUCUCGUCCAGCAAAAUUGAGAUCCGAAGCAGCUCUUGCCGAAUUGCAAGCUAUGAACGAUUUGCUUGGAAACGUCGGAGAACGUCGAACUCACGCAUUGACAGAGCUAUCUCUUCAUGAAGACGAUCAGGAUAUCGAGGAGGGAUUGAACAAAUUGGAGGCAGAGUUGACGGAUGCCAUUGCUGGAAAACAAGCGGCACAGGAUCUGAUUCAGAAGUAUAGGACACAGGUGCAGAACAUGCAAUCGUGGUUGGAUACGUUGUCCAAAAAGGUGGACGUUAUCGAGAAAGGGAAUGGACAGACGAUUGGACAGAAGAUAGCUAGUGUGAAAGAAAUCACGACCGAGUUUGAGUCCCAAGGGCCCGGAAAAUUGAACGAGGUGAAGACAUUGAGCGAUCAGGUGAUGGAUUCGGUGAGCAAUUUGGAUUCUCAGCAAAUAGAAGAGCAAAUUAAGUCGGUGGAGAGACGAUACGCUGAUAUAGGGAAGAAACUGCAGAGGAAAGCGCAAGUGUUGGACAUGACUGCCCAAGGUAUUGAAGCUACGAGGCAGGAGAUCGAAGAGAAUAGAGAUUGGAUUCAGCAAAAGAAAAAGCAAGCUCAGAUGUCCGAGCCUGUAGGAUUUGACAGCAAGCAGGCAGAAGAAAGGCUUCUUGCUUUGAAGGCAAUGUUGAAGGAAGCAGAGGGAAAACAAAUGGUGAUUGAUACGUUGGAGAAACGAGUAGGAAACAUGCAGAACGAAUUAGAGUCGAACGAACAGCAACAAUUAGAAAAUGAAACGAAAGCUCUGCGUGGUGAACAAUCUCAACUUUGCACGAUUUUAACAGAGGGAAUCUCGAGUGCCACGGUUGCGGCUGAUGCCCGUCGUAAGUUCGAAGCUGAUCUUGAGCGAGCACGAAGCUGGAUCAAAUCGAAGAGCAAUAAUUUGAAGAAAUUGAGUGGUUAUCUCCCUCUAAAAGCGUCGAAAGUCGAGCAAGAUAUCGUGCAACACGGUGAAUUGGAAACUGAUAUCGAUUCGUUCAGCGAGAAAGACCUGAACGACAUAUUGAAACAAGGAAACAAUUUGCUGAAGGAGUGUAGCGAAGAGGAUCGUGCCAGAUUGAAUAAGAUCUUGGAUGAAUUGAACAAAGACUACGAGGAGCUGAAAAGUGAGGCACAAGAGAAACAAGCUGCAUUGGCGGAUCUUCUUCAAGGGCGAAAGGCUUUCGAGAGUGAAAUAGACAAGUGCCAAAGAUGGAUCAAUGAAGCUGAAGUUGCUACAUCUUCGGAUGUGAGAACUUCCAGUAUUGAUAUUCUAAGAGAGCAACUGGCUAAGUACGAUCGUUUGAAGAAAGAGGCAAACGAAUACGCAGACGAUAUCGAGAAAUUAAUGCAACAAGGAAAAUCGAUUCUUCCAACCGUGACCGAUGCCGAUAAGCUCGAAUUAAACGAACAAUUGCAAAACAUGAAAGAAGCUCAUGGUAGAGUUGCUGGUAUAAUAAAUGAAAGAGCCCUCGCUCUUCAAAAGAAUAUCGAUGAAGCCGAAGAAUCAUUGGCACGAGUAGCUGAAGCCAUUCAAUACAUGACAGACGUUCAGAAAGAACUUCACGAGCUUAAUAAACCUAUUGGUUCGCGUGUAGAAGACGUCGAGGCUAUGCUGGAUGCAUACGAGAGAAUAUUGAACGAUUUGAAGGCGAACAAGGCGAAAUUGUCCGACUUACAGUCGAUCAACGUGGCCGAUCUUCAUGGGGUAUUAACUCAGCAGGAUGAUCUCAUGAAAGCUAUAGAGUCCCAAAUAGCGAAACUUCGCCAGUUACUUUUGUUACGUCAACAAUUCAUCGCUUUGAUCACAGAGAUAACUACGUUCAUAGCUAAAUAUACGGAGAUCGUUCGAGAUAUUGAGAAUUCUGGUCAGACGACGGAGGAAAAGAUCAAAAGGUACGACGAUGCAAUUCUGAAGAUCCAAGAAUGCGAAGCUACCCUCGCCAGUGCAACGGACAAAGGUCAACAAAUCGCAGCAGAAGGCUCAACUGUGGAUAGAAACAAUAUAACAGAACAACUGCAAUCUCUGAAACAACAAUUACAAGGUCUAAGAAGAGCUGUAGAAACUCAAAGGGAGCAACACGAAUUGGCAGCAGCGGAACACAAGAGACUGGCGAACGAAUUGGCUGAGAUUCUCGAUUGGUUAGAAGACAAAGAGAAAGAAGUGAAAUCUAGACCUCUUUUAGAAAGAGAUCCAAUCAGUGUGGAAGCAGAAUUGCAAAAACAUAACGAGCUCUGCGAUGCAGUCAACGAGCAUCUCGAUAGAAUCAGAAAUUUAAAGAAUUCUGUUCCCCACGAAGAAGGAAUGCCUGGUUCGUUGAAGGAAAUGCUGAGCGAGGCUGUCUCUUUGUUGACCUCUUUGCCCAGAGAAAUGGAGGAACGUGGAAAUUAUUUGGAGAGCAAUAUGAAGCUGAGACAAGAGUAUGCUGCUCUUACCGAGAAACUUCGAAGUUGGGUUCGAGAGGCAGAGAUUCGAUUGGAAAGUGACAAGGAUGGACUCGAUUUCGAGAACAUCCUGAGCGAUCUCGAGGAGCACAAGAUCUACUUCAGCAGCGAGCCAUCGAUUCGCGAAUUGGUGUCUCAGCAAAUUCAGCAAGCCGGUGAUAAAAUUUGGCCUUCGUUGAACACGUCCGAACAGGAGGAGUUAAGCGCGGAACAACAACAGCACACUCAAUUAUUGAAAAACACGUUGAACACGGCGAAAUCUCAACGCGCCAGGUUGGAACAAGGCGCUGAAACGUGGAGGGAUUACACGCAAACUUUAGAACGAGUCCGAGCUGUGAUAGCGAGGAGCAGAUUCACCGACGAGCCUGUCACGACUCUGGCUGGACUGCAAUUUAACAUCCAGAAGAUCACGCACGCGCUCAAUGACAUACAGAAUCAACAAUUCGAAUUGGAUCUAUUGAUCGAACGCAGUCAAGAAGUGCUUCGAUUGGCCGACGCUAAUAACAAGAAAACGAUAGAGGCGCAGAUUUCUGAGAUCAGUGCGGAAUGGAAAGAGUUGGUUUCCGGGCUGGAAGGGCGAAGGGAUGCUCUCGAGGCGUUGUCCAAGCAUUGGGAAGAUCUGGAGGCACAAUGGUCGCUUAUCGAGACUAAAGUAACUGCUAUCGAGGAGAAGGGCAAACUUUUGGACACUGUGGUUCGUUCCAAGCAACAUUUGUACGACACCAUCAAAUCACUACAUGAGUUGGUAACGGAAGCGGAGAAAUUGAAACCGAUGGCAGCAGAAGUGAAAGCUUUAUCAGGACCUGUUCUAGCAUAUCUGGCUGCCUUCACAGAGGCUCCAGCUCAUGCUCUCGAGGAAAAGCUGAAUAAAUUGCAGAAUUCCGUCGAAUCGCUCAUCGAUACCCUGCAGACGAAAUCCAAGAAGGCGGACGAGGACUUGGAGACGUUCGAAAGCACCGAGCGUGAGAUCGAUCAGCUGAGGAAGCGUCUGAACGAGGCGCGCGAACGCGCCUCGAACUUGUACAUAUUCGGGCCGGAUCAGGACGCGACCGAGGAGGAGCUUGACGAGCUGCGUUGGGCUGUCGAGCAGCUCCUCGAGAGCGGGAAAAAGUUCUCAGGAAGCACUAAGGCGCGGUACCAAGCUAGCCAGCAGCUGGUCCCCAGCGAUCUUGCCCAACACCUGACCGCCCUCGAACUUUGCGCCGAGGCGACAGCACAGGCCAUGGAGGAGAAACAGAGGGAGCAGAAACGCGCGAGAACCGUCAGAUCGGAUUAUCUGACCGAUCUGGACGAGGUUCAAGCGUGGAUCAGGCAGGCCGAGUUGAAGGUUCAGGACAGAUCGAUCGAGCCUGUACCUCUCAAGGACCAAUUGAGGCAGGUGCAAGAGGAGUUGGGCACGAUCACCGACAAGCUCGAACGAUUAACGAGAAAUGGCCGUACAAUUGCGGAGAACACGAGGGACGACACGGAGAAACAAUUGAUCGACAGCACCGUUCACAACGUGACCGAACAGUUGAACCAAGUGAGGAAUUGGUUGGACGAGAGGAAACAAGUGGUGGCGGAUACCAUUGACGCUUGGCAGAGAUUCUUGUCGUUAUACGAGGCCGUGAGGACGUGGACCGAGGAGAAGAGACAAUUCUUGGUUGAGCCGUUGAAGCUCAGCACUCUCGUGCAGGCUAGGCAGAGGCUGCACGAAUAUUCGACAGCCGUGAAAAGCUGCAAACAGAUCAACAAGAAUCUCAGUGACAUGGGUAAGGAGCUCGAGAGUAUCGGUCAGGUUUGCAGCGUAGGCGACUUGCCCGAGAAAUUGCUCGAAGCUGAAGAAGCUAAGGUUCAAGUCGAGGGUCAACUGUUGGAGAGGAACGCGCUGCUGCAAGAAACUAGCGAGGAAUGGGAGCAGUGCGAGCGAAAGAUGAAAGAAGUGAAAACGUGGAUCGAGAAAGCGAAACAGAGUCUCGAAUCACCGCAGAACAAAAAGAAACCGUUACGGGAUCAGCACAGCAUACGGGAGAAAAUGCUGAGCGAUAUCGCGAUACAGAAAACAAAAAUCGGUAUAUCGAUGGAAAAGCUUCAGGUUCACUUCCGGUCGGGGAUCGGUGGCGAUAGCCGAAUCGGCGAAACGGUUGACGAGCUACUGGCCGAGUUAGACAAUCUUCACGCCAACGUGAAGGAACAGACCACAGCGUUGGAGGGUUGUUUAGCUCAGAUUGAUCAAUAUCAACAGGAGAUACAACAGUUGAGGCAACAGAUUAUGCAGGUAGAGCAACAAUUGAGAACAGUGCUGAGUCCGACAUACCUGUCCACCGACAAGGAGAAAGCGUUGCAGGAGCAACAGCAGAGCCUGCAGCAAAGGAUGGACGAUUGGAGGCAACGCGUCAAGACAUUGCUGGAUGAAAUAUACACCGUGGACCCGUACUAUGUACAAAGCAACGAAACAAGGUUCGUCAAUCAGGUCUCAUACGCGGACAUCGCCGCUGGUCGUACGAGCCCCAAUUCCAGGGGUUCUAGUCCCUUUAGAAACAACCGGGACGAGGCUGCCCCUACACCUCUCUCGAUUCAAGUACUUAGACCGACUGCUCAAUUCUCAAGAUCCGUGGAUAUUCAGAAACCCGUCAUUGAACCCCCCCGCGAUGAAACUCCGCCGAGCACCGGGAGAAUAGAAACUAAAGGUAUCGAAGAACGAGCGAGAAUCGAGGAGCAGAGCGAACAGGAGUCCGAGAUGAGAAUCGAAAGGAGAAGACACGUUUCCAAAGUGGAUUCGGUGGAUUCUAGGACGAGGAGUCAGUCGAGGAGGGCUGGUUCGGUUAGAAAUAACAGCGACGAAGCUGUGAGGGAAUCUAGGGAGAGAAAUUCAUCUGCGGAGAAUGAAAACGCGAUGGAGAUUUCUAGAUCGAUGGAACAGAAAAAGGAAUCGUUGGUACUUAAGAACACGUUGGCGCCUAAAGUUGAGAGGAGAGGAAGAUCGGCUAGUCCUAUUUGGGUGCCUGGAUCUACGUCCUACGCGGAUAUCCUUCGUGGAAAUAGACAAAGUUCUCGCAGUCCUUCGGUGGAGGGUGGCAAGGACGUUAAUAUGGUUGGUAGAGAGGUCAGAGAGACUGUGGUCGAAGAGUUGCCUGCGGAAACGAUUCAGAAUGAGAAAUUGGAGUUCAAUGUACCGAGACUCGAAGUGGAAGAAGAGACUGAAAUUCAAGAAGCUCUUGAGGAAGAAGCAAGCGAAGAAAUAGCAGUAGAGAAUUACCAGUCUGUUGAGGUAAUGGGUGAAGAUGUGAUCGAAAUCGUACCUUCUUCCGUGAAAUCCGAAGAAUCGGCAGAACCUCCAACUAGUUGGGCUGAUGAGAGCAUGGAGGAGUACGUUUUGUUGAAUGAGAAGAAUUACAAAAAUAUUGCAAGAGCACCGCAACAAGUUCAAGAAGUGUACAACUAUAUUCAACCACCUCUUCGACCAGCUAUCCCAGAAUUGGUUGGAUUCAUUGGAUCUCAGGUAGCUUAUCCAGUAAGUUCGUACGUCUACAUGCCGGCUGCAUCUCCUCAGCAGAUGGCUCUUCCUCAUUACACCGAGAGUCAGAUAGCAUUCCCAUCUGAACAAUACGUGGCACAACCUAGUUACAUCCCUGAGCCAGAGAUUUAUCAGCAGAAUCUAUUGCAAAAACAGAGACAACCGCAUCAAUCUAAAUACAAAAGUAAUCCAAAGAGCGCUCCAAUUAUUAUGCAAAAUGUGGAAGAGAAAUGUUUAUCUUGUCAGAUUCCUCAAACUGUGGAUAUUCAGCCUGUCGUACAACCUAUUAUUCAACCAAUACAGAUUGUUGAAGAGAAAUCUAUGGAACAAGAACAGUCUGUACAACAAUCUGUACAACAGCCUGUACAACAGCCUGUACAACAGCCUGUACAACAGCCUGUACAACAGCCUGUACAACAAUCUGUACAACAGCCUGUGGAACAGCAGCCUGUGCAACAAUCAAUGCAACAAUCAGUGGAACAAAUAGAGCAACCAGUGGAACAACCUGUGCAACCUAUUUCCCCUGUAACACCAUCAGAAAGCACACCGGUGAAGACAAAAAUAAUCACCGAGAACAAAACAUUCUCCUACGCUCAGAUCUUAUCACAAGGUCUUGCUCCUAAACCGUCAUCGGCCGUCAGUAGUUAUUCUUCACCAACGAGCGUUCCAUCGACGACAUUAGUCUCGAAACAGGUGAAAGAGCGUUCGUAUUCACCUGUGAAUUCGACAACAUCCUCUGUGCACGAGACGAGUCCUCCUCAGGAGGCGAGACAAACUCGAGAAUCGUCGGUAAGUAAACAAGAAAGCAAUUGGGACAUUACAAAGAAAAGGGAGACGAGAAAGACUCAUCAGGAGGCGCCGAAGACGAAGAUCCCGGAAAAGAGAGCUAGAAGAGGGUCCGAGUAUUCGAAAGAGAAACUUCAAAAGGAGAAAAUUAAGAUUAAUAUGGAGCAACAGAAACAGGUAUUUGAAACGAAAGAUGAAAUUGUCGUGGAAGAUACUUCUAAGAUAAAUGUGAAAAAUAACGAGGUUGAGAUUAAAAAGGAAAAAGUAGAAGAUGUUCAACCGGAAAAGAGAGUAGAUGUCGAAAAGACGAAAAAGAUUGAAGCACAGAAACAAGAUGAGAAGCAAGAGAUUCAGGAGGAAAAACAUGAUGUUCAACAGAGGAGCAGAUCUCAGGAAAAGAAACGAAAAGGAAAGAAAAAGAAACCGGAGAAGUCAAUGGACGAUGAGAUAGACAAGGCUCUGAAAGAAAUAGAGGAUAUGGAUAAGCAGAAAAAGAGGGAUAAAUCGAGGGAACAGACUAAGAUUAAAGAUACGACUCAAACUGUUCAAAAUGAAAAAUCUAAAGAAGAUAUUGAAAAGAAAGGCGUGAAGCCUGGCGAGAAAAAGAAACAAAAUAAAUCAAAGAUGGAGAAGGUUAGAGACGAAUCAGAAAUUGCAAUGAAUCAGGCUAACGCAAAAGAACAGAUGAAAUCGAAGAAUGAUACGAAAGAAAGUAAAGAAGAGAAAAAUAUUGAGAAGAGGAAUGCAAAGGACGAAGCUAAGAUUUCUAAGGAGAAAGUUGAAAGUCGAAAGAGUGAGUCGGAAAAAAGAUCUGAAAUUAAAAUUGAUUCAAGUAGUGAAAUGAGAAAAAUUGAGACGAAGGAAGAAAAGGCGCAGAAAGAUUCUGCUAAUCUAUCAAAAAAAAAGCAAAAAGGUAAAGAACAGACUGGUACGGUGAAAGAUAAAUCUAAUAAAGAUAGUGUGAAAUCUACGAAAACUGAAAAUGAAUCUGAACAAAUGAAAAAAGCGAUAUUUAUUGAAGAUAAAACAGAAAUUCAAAAAGAGAAAGACAUUAAACCAGUUGAAAAUAUUGGAAACUUAGAUCAAUUACAGAAACAAGAGGAUACGAAAUCUGUAAAACUUAUGAAAUCAGAAAAAAUAUCUGAAACAAAAGUUGAAUCGAAAGAAAAGGAACCUGCGAAACCUAAGGAACAGGAUAAAUCGAAAAAAAAUAAAAAACAGAAACAAGGAACCGAGAAUGAGGUCUCGAAAGAUCAAACACCUAAGAAACAGAGCCAACAAAAAGAAGAAAAGAAAACAGAACAAUCGAAACAGAAAAAAUCUGUAGAAAAAUCAGAGGUGAUAGAUAUUAAGUUGGAAGAAAACGAAAAGAUUAAAAUAGAGAUUGAUGUGAAAGCACCAAAAGAUGAAAAAGAGAAAAAGAUAACUGGAAAAGAGAAAGAAAAGAAAUCUGAAAGUAAAGAUCGCAAAAAGAAAGAUAUAAAACCUGAAGUAGCAUUAAAAGAGAAGGCGAAAGAAGAGCAGAAAGCUAUAAUAAAUCCAUUGAUUAAUGCGAUAGAAUCUGAUAAAAAAAUUGAAGAAAAAGAAAUUGAUAAUAAAGAUUCGAAGGAAAGUUCGACACCAAAGAAAGAGAUGAAGAAGGCAGGUGAAGCAGAAAAACAGAUAAAAACGAAAGGUGGAAAGAAGUCUAAAAAGGAAGCGGAUAUUAAUCAGAAACCUGCAACUGAAAUUAUCAAAAAAGAAGAGACGAUAAUCGUUGACAAACAAAUUAUUGAAGAAAAAAUUGAUGAAAAAAUUAUUAUAGAAGAAUCGAAGAAAGAACAUUUGAAACUUGAAUCAGUUGUACCAAAUACGGAACAAUCAGAGAUGAAAAAACAUAAGAAAUCUAAAUCACCGAAAAGAGGAAAGAAAGAAGAAAAUUUAAAAUUUGUAGAAAAAGAAAAGACAGAGAAAAAAGAAACGCAAGGGGAAACAAUAAAAUUAGAAGAAAUAAGCGAUAAAAUCGAUAAUACAAAAGAAAAAUCUAUAAAAGAAAUAAAAGAAGAAAUUGUUAUCGAAGUUAAAGAGGAAAUUAGUGCAAUUCAGGUUGAAGAAAAGAAAGAAAAAGAUAUAAUGCAAACAGACAAAAUUGAGAUACAGUCUGCUAUUGAAAAAAUACCUGAAAAGAUCAUUGUUGAAGGAAGCAUGGAAACAUUUACAGAAACUGUAGAAAUAGCAAAAGAAACUGAAAAAGUUAAAGUCAGUGAUACGAAAGAGGAAAGGGAAACACCUCUUUCUGAAAUUUCAAAAACAGAAGAACUUGAAGACCAACAGCCAGAACAAAAGAGUGAAAUGCCAAGUACACUAAAGAACAAAAAAUCAAAUAAAUCAAAGGAGAAACAUCCUAUCGAAAAAGUAACUCCACUUUCUACAGUUCAAGAGCCUAAACCAAAUACAUCAAAGAGUCAACCAAGUACACCAAAAUCCGAUAAAAAGAAGAAGAAACAAGAGAGUAAAGACAAAGAUAAUAUUGAAUCUCCACAAGCAAAACAAAAGACAAUUACAGAAAAACCUUUCAAUGAUGCAAAAUCAAUCGAAGAAUCCAUCGAAAUACCUGAUGUUGCUUCCGAAAAAUCUAUUUUUAAAGAGAAAGAAAUAUCAACAACAUUGCAACCUGAAAUAAUUCCAAUAAUUGAGUCUGAAAAAGAUCAAAUUAUUGAAAUUGACGAGUCAAAAUCUUUCUCGCAAGACCUGAUUGAAAAACCAAGUACAGAAGAAGUUCCAUCUCUUUCAUUGACAGAAGAGAUUCUAAACGUCACAGACACUGGUUCGCCAAUUGAAAAAUCGUCUUCGACAUCAUCGGGCAAAGCAUUAAUCAUAGAAAGGACGGUAACCACGGUGACGACCACGACCAGCAUGCCGGGAUCUGUCGAAGUGAAGCCUCCGAACGUGAAAUCCAUGAAAUCUGUAGAGAUCUUAGAAAGCAUUCCUUUACCAAAGAUCGUAGGCUCCAAACCCACUGAAUUAAUCACCCUACGUCCUGAAACAGUAGAGGCUAGCCUAACAACCAGAUAUGCUAGGAUAUCGGAUGAUUCAGCUGUUGGUAUUCCCUCAAAAGAGUUUUUAGAUAUGUUAGCGGACGAGUCGAAUUUCGAUUACGCGAAUUAUAUCAAUCUCGUCGAAGAUGAUCAACCGAUUUUGUUCGGUAGCGUUCAGGAUAGGAGGAAAGAUCGUUCUGGGACUCCUUUGUCGGCAAAGUCUGUAGAAAACGCGAAGGACGAACGAGAGGUCGAUGAUUUGAAGGAGGGACAGGGCGUGGAUGCGAAGAUUUCGCAAGAUACAUUAGGCGAAAACGAGGGUAAGGCUGAAAAGGGUGAAAUGAUGGUUAAAGAGGAGGUAAACGUUUUUGAAGAAAUUGAAAGUGAGAGAUUCAAAGAUUCAAGAGAGUUAGUGGUAGAAAAUGAGGAUAAAAGUGUGAAAGGGAAGCAAGAAACGAAUAAAACUGUAGAAGAGCUUCUUUUCACUGUUGGAAAAGGAGAAGAUGUGAAGAAUGCUGUAGAAGAAUUGUUGGAAGCUGAAAGACAAGCUAUGGUAGUUGAACAAAAAAUUGUAGAUAUCGAAAAAGGAGAAACUGUUCCUGUUAAACUUGAAGAUAGUAAAUUUAAGUUGGAAGAAAUUGAAAAUAAAACAAUUUUGAAUGAAGAAAAGAUUAGAGAUUUAGAGAAAUCAAUUGAAGUUCCUGUUAAAAUUGAAACUGAAGAAGUUAAUAAUAAAACAACUAUAGUUGAAAAAAAGGUAAUAGAAAAAGGAGUAGAAGUUCCUAUUGAUAUUAAAUCUGUAACGAAAAAAAUUGAAGGUAAAAUAACUCUGCCUGAAGAAAAAGUUGCAGAAUUUGAGAAGUCAAUAGAAGUUCCUAUUAAAAUUAAUGAUACUAAACUUGAAACAGAAGAAAUUAAACUUGAAGAUAAAGUAGAUUCUGAAAAACAAGAAAGAAUUGAAAUUGAAGAUUUUAAAUCUAUAAUGAAAGGCAUUGAAGAUAAAACAGAUCUAAUUGAAGAGAAGCUAAUAGAUACUGGAAAACGAGAAGAUGUGUCUAUUAAGCUUGAAGAUAUUAAAUUGAAAAAAAUUGAAAAUAAGCCAACUCAGGAUGAAGAAAAAAUUAAAGCAGUUCCUAUUAAUAUUAAAGAUUCUAAAUCCAUAAUUGAAAAAAUAAAUAGUGAAACAAUUUUAGUUGAAGAAAAAGAUCUUAAAGAAAAAAUAGAAAUUCCUCUGGAAAUUAAAUCUAUAACGGAAGAAGUUGAAGAUAAAACAGCUCUGUUCGAAGAAAAAGUUGUAGAAUCUGAAAAAUCAUUCAAAGAAGUUCCUGUUAAAAUUGAUUAUUCUAAAUCCCAAAAAGAAAUUAAAGUUGAAGAAAAGAUAGUGGAGAAACAAGAAACAAUUGUAAAUAAAGAUUUUAAGUCUAAAAUGGAAAACAUUGAAGAUAAAACAAUUCUUGAAGAAAAUAUCAUAGAAUCUGAGAAAUCAAUAGAAGUUCUUGUUGAGAUUAAAGAUUCUAAAAAGAUAAAAGAAGAAGUUCCUGUCGAAAUUAAAGAUUCUAAGUCGAAAACAAAAGAUGUAAACCCAUAUUAUUUCACAGACUUAGUCAAACCUUAUUGGUUUAAUUAUCGUCCUUACAUUAAAGCAGAAAUUGAUUUCUAUAGGCAUUUCAAGAUAGUAAAAAUAUUAGAAGAAAAUGUACCUGCUCCUGUGUUACCAAGAUCAGAUAGUAUUGAAAGAAUUGUUCAGGAAUCAAUCAUGAAAAAUUCUAAAGAAGAAGAAAAGAAAAUAGAAAGUGCAGAGCAAUCUGAAACUGAAUAUACAAAUGCAUCUCAGGAAAUAAUUAAGGAAAAAUCUAAAGAAACAGAAAACAAAACGAAAGAUACAAAGGAAUCUGAAACAGAAUACAAGCAUGUACUUCAGGAAUCAAUUGAGGAAAAAUCUAAAAAAAUAGAAAAGAAAACGGAAGAUAUAGAAGAAUCUGAAGCAGAAUACCGAAAAUAUGCACUUAUUGGAGAAACCUUUAAAUAUCCUAUUAGUACAUUUUAUAAAUUAGAAUCUGAAUGGGUGAAAUCUAAGCUGAUUCAAGAAAAAGAGGUUACACUUAUUCCUGUAGAAGAAUCUGAAUCAACAAAUCCUGAAAUUAACAAGGAAAUUAUUCAAAUUUAUGAAGAAGAAAAAUUACCAAUAGAAUUAAAAGAAUUAGAAGAAGUCAUACCCACUUCUGUGGAAGAAUCUAAAUUGACAGAUGUUGAAGUAAAAUCGCCAAUAAAAUCAGAAGAAUUAGAAGUCAAGAAUGAAAAAGUCACGCUCUCUUCUGGAGAGGAAUCUAAACCAAUAGAAGUUGAAAUUAAAAAAGAAAUUAUCGAAAUUUAUGAAGGAGAAAAACCAACACUAAAAUUAGAAGAAGAUAAAAAAAUAAUUAAUAUUGAGAAAGAUACUAUGAAAGUUAUCGAAGAAGUUACUACAGAAAUUAAAUCUACAGAUAGAAUUUUGGAUCAAACAGCAGCUCUUAUUGAAGACUUGACUAAAGAACUUGAUAUGAUAAAAAAAGAAGAAGAGCAAAAUAAAAUUGUAACAAUUGUAGAAGAAAGAAAGAAAGAAUCUGAAGCUGAGAAAAAAGAGCAAGUAUCCGAGAAAAAAUCAAAAACGGAAAAAUCAAAGAAAGAAAAACAAUCAAAAAGUGAGAAAUCAAAAGAUAAGAAAAAAGAGAUUUCAAUUAAAGAACAUGAAGUAAUUGAGGAAAAAGAUAUUGUUGAAACAGAAAUGACACAAAUUAUAGAACAACUUACAGAGAUUAAAAAAGAGGAAAGUAAAGAGACUCCACUAUUGAUCAAAGAACUUGAAGAGAAAGAUACUACUGAAACAGCAGAAUUGUCACAGAUUAUGGAACAACUUACUGCAGAAAUUAAGAAAAAAGAAAUUGAGGAGAUUUCAUUAUUACCCAAAGAAUCUGAAGUAAUUGAGAAAAAAGAUAUUGAUAUUAUCGAAACUUCAGAAUUAACAAGAACGAUGGAAGAACUUAUUACUGCAAUAAAGGAAAUUUCAACAGAUGAAAUUAUUGAUCAAACAGAAGAGAAGAAGAUGGAAAAAAAUAUUACGGAAGAACUAUUAACCACAUCACAAUCAAAAACGGAAGAAGAAGUAAAACCUGCGAUGGAAUCUUCAAAAAUAGAAAGAGUAGGAAAAGAAACGAAAUCAGAAAAAAACAAAAAGAAACAGAAGAAACAAAACGAAAAAAAAGAAGAAACUCCAGUUCUAGAGAAUCCAAUUAUGACUGAACAAGAAAAUAUAAAGAAAAUUGUGGAGAAGUCUGUUUCUGAAAAGAAGAAAACUUCUAAAGAAUCUAAGAAAAAAGAAGUUAAAGAAGCAUCGAAAGAAGAAAAAAUUAUCACAGAAGAACCUGUGAAAUCCUAUCCCUUAGAAAAAGACAUUAAUAUCGUAACUGAAAUAACAGAAACCGAAAAAUUAGUCAAUGGUAAAGCAAUAGAAAUAAUAGAUUUAGAUGCAAUUCAAUCUUCAACAAAUCAACAAUCUUCAAAAGAAGGAAAAACUAAACCUGUAGAAAAAUCUAAAAAAGAAGAAACAAAAACAAAAUCUGGAAAACAGAAACAAUUCAAGGAGAAACCUGACAUUAAACCUAAAUCUAUCUCAGAUAAAGAACUAAAGAAACAAGAUAAACAGGAAAAUAGUUCUCCAGAUUCGAAGAAGAAGCGUGAAGGAAAAUCUAAGAAAACAAAUGACAUCCCAACACCAGUGUCUCAAGAAAUUGUGAAUGAAAUUUCUUCAGAAGAGUUCAAAAAGGAAGAGAAUCAAAUAGAAAUAAAACAAGCAUCACAAGAAGAAAUUCAGCCAUCAGUAUGUACCAAAUCAUGGGCAUCAAUUGUUAGCAUGAAAGGAAAUACAGAAACCAAUAAUUCUACAGAUAUUUCGAAAGUAAUACCUGAAGAAUCAAUAUCUGAAACUCUAAAAUUAGAAAAAAUAGAAAAAGUGGAAGAAAUUGUACCUGAAGAACUGCAGAAUUCACCAGCACAUCAAAAACGAAUGAAACACCAAAAGAAAAAAGAUGCAAAACAAGAGAAGAAUGUUACUGAGAUAAAAGUCUCUUCUACCAAUACUGAAAAUGAAGGAGAAAAAGAGAUAACUAUUGAAGAAUCACAAGAAUUGAUCACAAAAGACUCGAACAAAUCUUACGCUCAAGUUGCUGCUUCCAACAAAAGGACUUCUCCACAAUUUAAUCAAGAAGAUAUAAUAAUUGCUAAACCGACUCCUAUUAUGCUUAAUGAAAACACUGAGAAAAAAGAAAUUGCACAGGAAGAAGCACUAAUAAUCACAGAAAUUGAAAAUGUCAAAGAAGAAACGAUUAAAUCUGAGAAAGAGGUAACAAUGGAUAAAAAGUUUGAUGAACUAGUUAUUGAAAAAGAUAUCUUUAAAAUGGAAUCAACUUCAUGGGUUGAAGAAAUCGAGAAAGAAGCAUUAGAAGAAGAAAUUGAUUUUAAAUCUUCUAUUCAGGAUAUUGUUGAAUCCCCGCAGAAAUCGAAAGAUUCAUGGGCUGCUAUAGUUGGAAAAUAUGUUGAACCGAAAAUUUCAUCACCUACAGUGAAAAAAGAGCAAACUAUCGAGCAAAAUUCGUAUCCUCAGGUACAAAUCCAUGUGGAACAAGCUCCAGAACCAGUACCCAUUGAAGAAGUAGUUCAAGUAGACGAACAAGGUUUCAUAGAAUUUGUAAAUCGAAAAGAAUUGCGAUCUAGACGAUCCAGAUCACGAUCCAGGAGUGCCAGACGAGAUGAUGUAACUGCAAAGCAGUCGAGCGAUAAACCUAUAAUUCCUGAAGAAAUUUUAGCAGUAGAACAGAAAGAAGAAAAUACAGAGAAAAUGGAAGAGCAAAAGAAAAAGGAGACAAAUAAAGGAAAAGAAGAAAAAUCUAAAAAAGAUAAACGUAAGGCAAAAUCAAAUAGUGCGGAUCGUAAUCAAAUAACGAAAGAGGAACAAGAAAAAGAGAAAAAUAAGACAAAGAUGAAUGAAAUUGAGGAAAAAAAAAUAGAGCAAGAAACAAUAGAAGAAUCAAUUGAGCAAGAUAUAGAGAAAACCAACCAAUCAAAAAAGAAAAAUAAAGGCAAAUCGAAAAUAAAAGAAGCUGAAAAAGAAAAAAAUAAGGAAGAAAUUGCUGUUGAAAAAAUUGAGAAAAAGCCUGAAGAAAAGAUAGAAAUAAAGGAAAAAAAGAAAGAAUUGCAGACUAUUGAGUUUGAAGCUCUAGAGGCAGAUAAAAUAAUGGAAGUAAAUGGAACACAAGAGAAGAUUGCAGAAAAAUCGAAAAUAGAAACAAAAGAACAAUCCAGUGUUAAGAAGAAUAAAAAAUCGAAAAAAGGAAAAUCUGAUAAGGAUCAAUCGAAACACGAAUUUAAAGAUAAGGAACAAGAUAAGCAAAUAGAUAAUGCUCAGACAACAGAAGUAGAACUAAAAUUAAAAGACGAAAUUACGAAAGAAUCAGAAAUUAAAGAUCAAGAAGAAGCAAAAGAAAAUAUAUCUGAAAUUAAAUCUAAAGAAAUUCAAGAAAAAUCAAACGAAAAUAUAUUUGAUAAUGAAAGUGAACUUCUUCAAGAAACAAAAUCUGACAAAUCAAUGCAAUCAGAAAAACGUAAAAAGAAAUCUAAAGAAAGAAAAGUAGAAAUAGCACCAAAACAAGUCAUUGAAACAUUUAUUGAAGAAAACAAAGUAUUAGAAUCUGAAAUACAAAAAGAAAUACUGAAAGAACAAUCAGAAGCAAAAGAUAUUCAAGAUAUAAAAGCAACUACUGAGCUUGUUCAAGAAACAAUAUAUGAAAAACCAACUUCUUCUGGAAAACGUAAAGGAAAAUCAAAGGAAAAGAAAAAAGCAAUUACCACAGAAAUAGCAGUUAAAGAGAAGGAAGUAUCUAGACAUGAAAUCAAAGAAAUAUUAAAAAAGGAAUCAGAUAUUGAGGAAAUUAAAGAAAUUGAAGAAAUUGAGGAAAAACUAAAAACAAUUAUGAAAUCUGAAGAUGAAUAUAAGUCUGAGAUUGUUCAAGAAACAAAAUCUAAAAAAUCAGAAUUUUCAGAAAAAAAUAAGGAAAAAUCUAAGGAAGAGGAAAUCACUAAGAUAUCAAUUGAAAAAAAAAAAUUACCUGAACUUAAAAUUAAAGAAAAUACAGCAGAAAUUUCACUAGAACAAAUUAUUGAAAUAUCAAUUGAAAAAAAUAAACCAGAGAUCAAAGGAAAAAUAUCAGAAAAAGAAUUAGAAAUUGAAGAAGACAAAGAAAUUCAAAAAGAAGUACAAACAUCUAUAAAGUGUGAAAUUGAAAACAAACCUGAAGUUGUUCAAGAAACAAAAUUUGAAAAAUCUCCAAAAAAACGUAAAGGAAAAUCUAAGGAAACGAAAAUAGAAACUAUAUCAGAACAAAUCACUAAGAUAUCAAUUGACGAAAAGAAAUUAUCUGAAUUUGAAGCUAAAGAAGAAAUAUCGAGUCAAAUAAAAGAAGAAGAAAUAAUUAAGCAGAAAAGAGAUGAUACUGAUCACACUAAACAGGAUAUUACUAAAGAAAAUGAGAUAGAAACAUUUACGAUAACAUCUGAGAAGUUAAAAGAAAAGGAAAACUCUAUAAAAGAAUCAACAGAAUUAUCACAAACAAUCGCUAGAGAAAUUUCAGAUAGUAAAAUAGAAACAAUAGAAGAGAAAAAGGAAAUAAAAAUUGAACAAACAACAGAAAUAGAAGACAAAUCUAAAGUUUCGAAAAAAGAAAAACGGAAACAAAAGAGAAAAGAAAAAUCAGCUACAAGAGCAACUAGUCAAGAAAAAUUGAAAAAUGAAAAAUCAGAAGCGAUUUCACAAGAGCAAAAAGGAGAAAUAAAUAUAGUAUCCAAAACGUCAGAUGAAUUAAAAACAGAAGAAAUAUCUACAGAAAUUAUUUUAACUAAUGAAAACAAGGAGAAAAAAGACACUAAUGAAAUAUCUAAAGAAAUUGAAAAAUUAAUUCUUUCUGAAGUGAUUCCUGAUGAGAUAAAGCUUGUACCAGAAACUAUGCCUAUACCAAUACCCAAAGAAGAAAUAAAAAUAAUUAAAGAGAAAAUAGAACUAUCAAAGUCAAUUGAAGAACAAGAAAUAAUUUCUGAUGAAAUAAAGCUUGUUCCCGAAACUUUAUCUAUAUCAAUAUCCAAAGAGGAAAUAAAACCUAUUAAAGAGAUAGCAGAAUUUCCAAAAUCAACUGAAGAAAAAAAAGUAGUUUCUGAUAAAAUCAAACUAGAAACUAUCGUUAUACCAAUAUCUGAAGACAUAUCAGAAAAUUCUAUUAAAGAAAAAACAGAAUUGCCAAAACCAAAACAGAAUGAAAUUUCUGAUGAAAUAAAACUUGUUCCAGAAUCUUUAUCUAUAUCAAUAUCCAAAGAAGAAAUACAACCUAUUAAGGAAAUAAUAGAGCUGUCAAAAUCAAUUGAAGAAAAAGAAGAAAUUAUAAAUAAAACAAAAGACAUUGUUGAAGAAAAAGGAGAAAUAAUUAAACCAAUGAUAGAUAAAGACAAAAAACAGGAAGAGUCAUCAUUUAAAAAAUCUAAACGCAAGAAUAAACAAGCAAAAAAAAUUAAGCACGAAGAAGCAGAAACGGAAAUAAAAUCUGCAGAUGAAGAUCUAUUAUCAUCAAAGAUUGAAAAAAAUAUUGAAAUAUUAAGCACAGGUUCUUCUACUCCAAGUCCAGAUACUCCGAAAGAUAUCUUUCAAAUUGAAGAAAAGAUAUUGAACGUAACGAUACCUGAACAGAAAAUAGAAGUUAUUGAUAUAUUAACAAUUGAUGAGAUUAAAAAAGAUGAAAAAGAAAUUAAGAACACAACAGAGCAAAAAAUUAUUUUUGAAGAAGAAAAGACACUUUCUAAAACUCAAGAAGAAAUUGAAGAAAUUAAUCUACAGAAAAUUGAAGAAAUACCAUCGACUUCUCCUAUAAAAAAGAAAGUUAUGAAAGAAGAUAAAUCUAAAAAUGAUGAUAAAGAAAUUCAUGAAAUAAAAUCAUUAACUACCGAAGAAAAGAUAGUACACCAGACUUCUGAAGUUAUAGAAGAUACAAUCAUUCCAUUUGAAGUGGAAAAACCAAUAGAAACCAUUGAAUCAACUGAAGUAACGAUAAAUGGUAUAUUGAAAGAAGAAACUGACGAGAUUGAAAAAGAGAUAAUUAAAAUAGAAGCAACCGAAGAGAUAUAUCCAGAAAUUGUGAAAGAAAACAUAAUUCAAGAAAUCGACAAAGUCCCAGAACAAUUUAUACCGAUUGAAAAGCUAUUAGAUGAGAUCGAAUCGCCCAUAAUAAUAGAUUCGAUUGAAUCCCAAUUAGAAACUGAGGAGGAAUUCGAAAAAUGUAUAUCGAGCGAACCAGAAAUAGAGACGGUUGACAUCGUAAUCGAACCAGCAAAACCAAAAGUACAAUUUUACAUAGCCGAUGAAAUUCUAGUUCUAAGUCCUGAGAAAAAGAAACCUGUCCAGACUCCUCUAAUCUUAAAGACCCUGUCAGAACUCAGUAGGUCCAAGUUCCUCUCCCUUGAUAGCGGUUUCUGGCCGGACAAACAUCCCUAUCACGAGGCUGAACGCUAUCUAUUCGAGAACUUGGCUAAUUAUCCAAAAGAAAAUACUUCGGGUAAUAUUAAUCGCGAUUCUAACGAUCCGGACGAUUUUAAUGGGGAUCAGAAUGAUGGUAAUUUGAAUAAUCGCGGUGGAAACGGUGGUCCCAUGAAUUCUUUUUUCUUGGGUGGACCUCAUACCGAGCGUUUGAUAGCCGAUCUUCCAGGUGGUAUAGGAAGCUGGAGCGAUUACAGUACUUACUUGUCGAGCGAGAAUGAGCAGAGAACGGAUCAGACCACGGAGCUGGUCCAGGAAAAAAUCGAGAAUCCAACGUUAGAUCUAACCCUUCCCUCAGACGAGGUAGUUUCCGAAUUAUCCUCCGUCCACCUCGAGGAUGAUCAGUCUAUUUCCAAAUUCGACGAAUUGUCACUCGAAUCUGUUCCUACGACAUCAGAAAAUUCUGAGGAGAUCAAAUUACAAUCAUUGUCCGCUGUCGAAGUGUCUCCUGUUAGUGAACAACCUUCUAAGUUAGAUCACGAGUUUUUUACUGCGGUUGAACGACUAGAAUCCACCUAUUCCGAUCCAUCGUGCGAAUUAUUCCCAAUACCAAAUAUCCCUGACCAUGGUCCAGAUCCUAAAGAAAAUUUAGGUAUUGAAAGAGGAUCGAUGCAGCGGCACACUCCAAUCGUGGAGGCGGAGAGAGAGAUGGGAGUAGCUGAGGAUGAGGCUGAAAAGAGGAUACGAGGGAUCAAGGACAUCAUACAGGAACGUCUAAUGGUUUUACAAUUGAGUCUUUCGAACUUAAAAGGAAGUUAUUUACCACGAGAUAACAUAAACACUAUGUUAUCUGCACUUACGAAUUUGAUAACGGAGCUUCAAAGUUAUGAUCAAGAGACGCAUCACUUGGAAGAGGAAUUGCAUAAAAUACCAGCCGAUUUAGAGGCUCAAAAACUUCUGUCCAACCUAGAAGAAAUUCAAACUAAAAUUACAACCCUGUUGACACAAGCGGAACAAGGGCGUGCCACCCUUGAAGGUGCACGUGGAUAUCAAGAGCAACGCGGCCACGAUAUUCAUGCGUACAAAAAAUUCUUGGAUGAAACAGAUAGUUGGUUAAAGGAUAUCGUGGCUAAUAUGAAACAGGAACCACCGAUUACUACGAACAAGGCUUUACAGGAUGAGUUGAGCAGUCACGCGCAGCGGGUGUCGGAGCUUGAAUCUUUGCCAGAGAUCAGCACAUUGGCAAAAGUCCUGAAGAAUGCGCUGUUGGAGGUGAUGUCGCGUCUGCAGCAAAGGCAGCAGGUAUCCAACGUUUUCCAAUGCUCGGGAGCUUUCGCAAACUCUGCUGGUCUUCGCGCAACAGUCUCGUGAAGCACACGCGAUGAUUAAUACAGAAAAUAUAAUAAAUAAAAUAAAUACAGAGAGAUAUACAGAAUAUCAAAAAAAAAGAAGAAACGAAAUGAAACUAAAGUCGAAAAAAAAUGCUUAUUACAUGUGUAAUAUUUCAUUUAUAUUUGUGUAGAGACAGAUAUAGCGUCGUCGAUUUUGAAUUUCAAAUAUUUCGCGCCCCAGUUUCAUAAAAUAUACACGACAUGGAAAAUCGGGAAAUAUCGAGUACACCAAAGAAACAGAAUUAUAGUAAAUAUUUAUAUUAAUAGAAACAUAUGUAGCGUCACGAAACUAAAAAUCGGAAGAUACAAAAGGAAAUUAAAGUUAAGAGAAGAUAUUUUACCAAAUAUGUUAUAUACAUUAUAUUUAUCUACAUCUAGAAAAAUAUAAAUGUAUAAAUGUAGCAUCAUCGUUUAUUCUUGAAUUUAAAGAUAGAUAAACUUUGAUAAAAUUUCUAGUCAAUUGCUAAUCGGAUUCUAACGAUAGGAAAGAUGAAAUAUAGAGAAGAUUGUUUAAUUUUUUGCCAACGUAAAAGAUUUUGAAGAAUAACAAGGAUAUGUGUAUAAUAUGUAUAUGAGGGAAUGAUAUACACAUUGCCUUAUACUAUAAUAUCUUGUACCAUAGUUAAUAAUGGGAACAGGGUGAUAAAUAUAAUCAAGCAUGUAACAUUCUCUUUUUUCUUUCGCUGCUUCAACGUAGUAAUUUAUUUGUUUGUUGUAUCAUGUAUCAUUUUGCACGAUAAUUUAUUUAAUGGGUAAAUUAUGGAAGGUUAAGGUUUUAGAACACAUAUAUACAAUUUCUUCUUCAUCUAUUUUUUUUAUCAUGUCAUUGCGUAUUUUUCAUUUGAGCUUCUCAUCACACGCAAUAAAUAUGAUGGAUUAAAAAUCAUGAUGGAUAAAAAUCAAUCAAUAUUCUCAUUUCUAAAAAUAUAAUUAUCUAUUAAAAAAUAAAUUUAUAUAAUUUGAAUUUUUUUAGAACUAUAAAAUAUGAACUAUUUAAAUUAAAGAAUUGCAAAAGCCACAUAAAUAUGUCAUUUUAUAUUACUAUGAUCUUUAAUCCAUAAUAUAUAUAUAUACACACAUAGUCAUUUUACAUUCAUCGCACAGUCUCUUUACUCUUCUCAUAAUUUCAUGGUGUAUUUAUUUAUAUUUACUUAUAACUAGCACAUUUAUGUUCCUUCUAGCUUAAGGUAAUGGAUGUAAUUGUAUAGUUGCAGCAUUUGUUUAUGGAAUGUUAAUAUAAUUAUUCUGUAUUUUUUCAUGCUGUAAUUAAAGUAUUCUCAUUAAUCCCCA